AUGUGGAUCCCGCCUUCGUCCCGCAUGGAUUUUUCUAAACUUUGCCUCGAUUUUCUUAACAAUACGCCAAGUGCAUUGAGGAAGCUUCGCAGUCAGUCUAUUGUAGCAGAGGAGCCAACUGCCGUUCUGAGCCGCAUGGACAGCUCGGUCUACCAGAGGGGAGCUGAUCCAGCUCGAGCGCCGCUCUACACACGUGCAGCGUAUGCCACUCUGGACUCGCGCCGUGCGUGCUCGCCUGCUGCGAACCGAUCACACCGCCGAGUCCGCGCGACAGGCCAGGCUGAUUGGGUGCAAACGCCUGCUCACACCGCGCUCAUGGUCAAGCAUCGCGUCAUCGAUUUCAGUGACGAGGCACACAGGCGCUCCCGCGGAUGCUUCCCGGCCCGCCUCGUCGCCAUUGGAGCACGCGUAGCGGCGCGCCGAGAACAACACUUUCGCGAUGCAGCCGACUCAGCCUUGCAUCUCCACCCUGACCACCACCACCACCAUGCCGUAGCUGGUCGUGUCGCCCCGCUACCCGCACUCACCAUGAACGCCGUCAUCUCGGCGAGCGACAUCAAGACUUUCUACAGCGCACUCAACUGCCUCAGUCGAUUCUCGGAUACGUUCUGGCUGCAGUGCAAUCGGCUGAACAACGGGCAGGCGCAGAUCAGGCUGUCGGCGAUCAAUGCGACCAACUCGGCGUUCUGCAUGUUCAUCUUCGACCCGGACUUCUUCCUCAGCGUAGCGACGCAAGCGAGUGGCAAAAUCGAGUGCCAGAUCCAUCUCAAGUCGAUACUGUCGAUUCUGCGGUCGCGAGGACGGACGGUGGAUCGGCUGGAGCUCGAGCUUACCGACUCGGGCUCCGAGUGUCGCUUCACCGUGGCGCUGCACUGUCAGCAUGGCAUCUUGAAGGUGCAUCGGCUGACGUAUGAGCCGAAGCGCGGCCUGCUGCCUACGGCCGAUCCGAAUCCGCCCAACUUCUUCUGCAUCGCCGCAGCUACAGCGACCGAAUGGACGGACCACUUUCUCUCCUCGAACCGCAAUGGCGAGAUCACGUUUGCGUGCACGCCGGGCACGUGUGUGGCGCGCAGCAAGGACGACGACUCGCCCGACCCCAAGGGCGGCUUGCGCAGGGCGAUCCAUACCGAAGUCAAGAUCGCCGUGGACGAGUUCCGCGAGUAUGCGGUGCUGGAGGCGUGUGCACUUACGUUUUCGCUGCGCGAGUUCAAAGCCACCGUGGCUCUGGCAGAGGCAUUGGGUGUGGCGCUCGAAGUCAACUUUAGCGAUGGAGACGAGCCGCUGUUCGUGAGGUUAAGGGUGGAGAACGCCGUAGCGGCCGAGUUCGUCAUUGCCACCACUAGGCCCGAUCGAACCAACGUGCCGGACAAGGAAGCUGCACCCGCGGCAGUGGCAAGGUCGGUGUCGUCUUCGGUGGCUCCUCCUGCCGCGAGGGAGACACAGAGACAGACAGAGUCCUCGGAGGCUUCCAUCGCUCCUCCUCCGCCAGUGAGGCCGCCAGUGGAAUCGACUCCCGUUAAUCCAGUGCAGGCACAGCCACCACUCUUCUUCCCGGGCGCUUCUCAGCCUUCACAGCCGGAGCUCGAAGAACACACGCAGCCGCUACCACCCUCCCCGCAGUUCGUUCAGCCUACACCCGUCGCACGCGGUGGAGACCCCGGCGAGUUCCUCGCUCCCUCCGAGUCCGACACCGAGUCCGAACCCGAUCCCGCCGCGCCGCGCAAACGCUUCAAGCCUCUCUUCUGA